AUGAAUAGUGCGCGAGACCUGCGCAUACUCAGCAUCGUCAGCAGCCGUUUCUCCAGCCUCAAGCUCAAAUUCGGCAUGACAAACCACUCUCCGGCCAUGGGUGGACGGACAGGAACGGUCAUACUAUGUGUGUGGGCCUGUUUGCUGAUGGCCAAUGUGCUUUGUGGGAAAAGCUCUGGACAGAAUGGCCAGACGGAUGAGCAGAAAGACAACACUACAGUGUUCACCCGGAUCCUAGACCGUCUCCUGGAUGGCUAUGACAAUCGUCUCAGACCAGGGUUGGGAGAGCGUGUAACUGAAGUCAAGACUGACAUUUUCGUGACGAGUAUUGGGCCCGUCUCGGACCAUGACAUGGAAUACACCAUUGACGUGUUCUUUCGUCAAAGCUGGAAGGACGAGCGGCUAAAAUUUAAAGGUCCAAUGUCUGUUCUCCGUUUGAACAACCUAAUGGCCAGUAAAAUCUGGACCCCUGACACAUUCUUUCACAAUGGCAAGAAGUCUGUGGCCCACAACAUGACUAUGCCCAACAAACUCCUACGAAUCACCGAGGAGGGAACUCUGCUCUACACUAUGAGACUGACAGUAAGGGCAGAGUGUCCCAUGCACCUGGAGGACUUCCCCAUGGACGCCCAUGCUUGUCCACUGAAGUUUGGCAGCUAUGCUUACACCAGAGCUGAGGUUGUGUACGUGUGGACGAGAGGGGCAGCCCAGUCUGUCGUGGUGGCUGAAGAUGGCUCUCGGCUCAACCAGUAUGAUUUGAUGGGGCAAAGUGUGGACUCUGGGGUUGUCCAGUCCAGCACAGGAGAGUAUGUUGUCAUGACGACACACUUCCAUCUGAAGAGGAAGAUUGGUUAUUUUGUCAUCCAGACGUACCUGCCCUGCAUCAUGACAGUAAUCCUAUCCCAGGUGUCCUUCUGGCUCAACAGAGAGUCCGUCCCAGCCAGGACUGUGUUUGGAGUGACAACGGUGCUGACCAUGACUACCCUCAGUAUCAGCGCUAGGAACUCUCUCCCAAAAGUGGCCUACGCCACAGCCAUGGACUGGUUCAUUGCAGUCUGCUAUGCUUUUGUCUUCUCUGCCCUCAUUGAGUUUGCUACAGUGAACUAUUUCACAAAGAGGGGCUAUGCCUGGGACGGAAAAAGUGUGGUGCCAGAGAAGCAAAAGAAGAAGAAGGAGUCCCUCCUGAAGAAGAACAACGCCACCGCCUACACCGCCGCCACCGCUACAGCCUUCGCUCCAAACAUUGCCAGGGACCCUGGUUUGGCCACCAUUGCCAAAAGCGCCCCCCCUCCCCCCACCGAGCCCAAGGAGGAGCCCAAGCCCAAGCCGCCAGAGGCCAAGAAGACCUUCAACAGCGUCAGCAAGAUCGACAGGAUCGCCAGAAUAGCCUUCCCGUUACUCUUCGGAACCUUUAACCUGGUCUACUGGGCAACUUACUUGAAUAAAAAGCCCAAAUUACAGGGGAUGACCCCGGGAUCCCACUAA